AUGAAGGUAUUCUUACUCAAGAACGAAAAUAAUAAAGAUACUUAUAAAUCCACAUUAUCGCCGACUUAUGACCCAACAUUCAUCCCAUUGAUAACUCAUACAUUACAUGUUGAGAAAUUAUCCAAUUACCUUAGUUCAUUUAGUCAUGAUAUAAUCUUAAUCACAUCUCAAAGAUCAGUUGAAUGUCUUGAGAAAGCCUUACAAUUAAUAUCCCAAGAUAUACGAACCAAAGUUAUGAAUACCCCAACAUAUACCGUGGGGCCUGCAACUUCUAGGUACCUUGUUAGUCUUGGGUUUAGUGACGUAAGAGGUGGUAAAACAGGAAAUGGGAAUGAGUUGAGUAAGUUAAUGAUUGAUGAGAUUGGUGAUGAGAAGAUUAUUUAUUUUACUGGAGAAAUCAGAAAGGAUAUCAUUCCUAAUGCUUUGACCAAAGCUGGUAAGAACUGGGAAGAAACAGCUACCUAUGAGACCAUAACCAACGAUGAAGAUUCGGAAAUUUUCAAACAAAAUCUUGAAUUACUUAGUAAUGGUAGUGCAACUGAUUGGGUAGUUUUUUUCAGUAGUCAAGGUGUUGAACCAUUACUUAGCAAAGUCCAACAUUUCAAAAAGGCUGUAAUUGGACCUACCACAAACUCUUGGUUACAAGAAAGAGAUAUUAAAGUAGAUAUUGUAUGUAAUAAACCAAGCGAUGAAUCAUUAUUUAAUCAAUUAAAAGAGUUUGAUCAAUGUUAA